AUGGAGUCUUCUGGACUUUUGAGCAUCUUGGUGCUAUCCCUCCUUCUAGUGAACGUCCAGGGACCUGCUCUGACUGAUUGGUUCUUUCCCCGUAAGUGCCCCAGAAUCCAGAGUAAUUGUGAAUUCAAAGAAAGGGACGAAUGUUCAAAGAACAAAAAGUGCCCGAAGCAUGAGAAGUGUUGCUUCUUCAGCUGCGGAAGAAAAUGCAUAAACCUCCAACAAGACAUAUGCAGUAUGCCCAAAGAAGCUGGCCCCUGCAUGGCUCUUUUCCAUCGUUGGUGGUAUGAUAAGACAAAUAAUACUUGCUCCAGCUUCAUCUAUGGUGGUUGUAGAGGAAACAAUAACAACUUCCAAUCCCAAGCCGUGUGCCAGAGUGCCUGUUCCACAAAGGGGCAGUGUCCCCGAAACAGGGUAAGAUGUGAAAUACAAGAAAGAGACCUAUGUACGAAAAGCAGAGAUUGCCCAAAGAAGAUGAAAUGUUGCCCAUUUAGCUGUGGAAAGAAAUGUUUAGAUGUCAACAAAGGUCUGGUGUUGACCGGUCCCUUCCAGAAGCCUGGCAGUCUUGGGGCUUAUGAUCCAGAGGUAAGAAUGCAGCUCACAGAAGGAGAACAUGUCAUUGGAUCUCCCAGUGACACCAACGGAGGGACAGAGAGUAUGAAAAUCCUGUAG